GGCUCAGUCGCACAGCUACCUGGUAGGUGACUGGAGGUGUUGAUCAGUGCUUGGUGGGAUUUUGCUGAUGUGGCCCCAAGCCCGCCUCCCUCCCCACCCUGCGAUGGCAGAAGAAACUCGACAAAGUAAAUUGGCAGCAGCCAAGAGAAAGUUAAAAGAAUACUGGCAGAGAAACAGCCCUGGUGUUCCAGCAGGAGCCAAGAGGAACAGGAAAACAAAUGGCAGCAUCCAUGAGACAGCCACUUCUGGUGGUUGCCACUCACCUGGAGAUUCAGCAACAGGUAUCCACGGGGAGAGCCCUACAUCAUCUGUUACCCUGAAGGAUCUGGAGAGCCCGUGCCAAGAACUAGCAGUAGUCCUGGACUCGAGGUCCGUAAGAGUCAGUCAACUGAAGAACACCAUCAAAUCUUUGAAACAACAGAAGAAACAAGUGGAACAUCAGCUGGAAGAAGAAAAGAAAGCAAACAACGAGAGACAGAAAGCCAAAAGGGAGCUAGAGGUUCAAAUCCAGACAUUGAACAUACAGAAAGGGAAACUACAUACGGACCUGUACCACAUGAAACGUUCUCUCAGAUACUUUGAAGAAGAGUCCAAGGAUCUGGCCGUCCGUCUGCAACAUUCAUUGCAGCGUAAAGGAGAGUUAGAGCGGGCUCUCUCUGCUGUCACCGCCACACAGAAGAAGAAGGCGGAGAGGCAGUUCUCCAGCCGCAGUAAAGCACGUCUGGAGUGGAAGUUAGAGCAGUCCAUGCGGGAGGAGGCACUGCUGAAAGCGCAGCUGACACAGUUGAAGGAGUCACUUAAAGAAGCCCAGAUAGAGAGGGAUGAAUAUGCUCAACAUCUAAAAGGAGAGAGGGCCCGGUGGCAGCAGAGGAUGAGAAAAAUGUCACAGGAGGUUUGCUUGUUGAAGAAGGAGAAGAAGCAUGAUAAAUAUCGGGUAGAGAAGCUGGAGAGGAGCUUGUCCAAACUCAAAAACCAGACGGCUGAACCUCUGCCCCCGGAGCCCCCAGCAGUGCCCUCUGAGGUGGAGCUGCAGCACCUGAGGAAGGAACUAGAGAGAGUGGCAGGAGCGCUCCAGGCCCAGAACAAUGAGAACAAGAGCGUACUACAGUUGGAGCAGCAAGUAAAGGAGCUGCAGGAGAAGCUAGGCAAGGAGCGUCUAGAAGCUGCCAGCCAGCAGAACCAGCAGCUAACAGCCCAGCUUAGCCUCAUGGCUCUCCCUGGGAAAGGAGAUGGAGGAGAACAUCUGGACAGUGAGGAGGAGGAGGCACCUCGGCCCAUUCCGAGCAUCCCACAGGACCUGGAGAGCAGGGAGGCCAUGAGCGGCUUUAUGGACCACCUGGAGGAGAAGGCAGACCUGAGUGAGCUGGUGGAGAAAGAAGAACUUGGAUUCUUCCAGUACUACAGAGAGAGAUGCCAUCAGAAAGUUUAUCACCCUAUAACAAAGCCAGGGGGCAGUGCCAAAGAUGCAGCACCGGGAGGAGGACACCAUCAGACUGGCCCUGGACAGGGAGGAGAUGAAGGUGAAGCUGCUGGAGCUGCAGGAGAUGGUGUUGCAGCUGGUGGCGACUACAAGGGACACAGCAAAUUCUUGGUGACUGCCCAGAACCCUGCUCAUGAGCCCAGUCCAGGAGCCCCAGCCCCCCAGGAGCUUGGGGCUGCCCACAAGCAUGGUGAUCUUUGUGAGGUGAGCCUCACCUCCUCUGCCCAAGGAGAGGCCAGGGAGGAUCCUCUCCUUGACAAGCCUACUGCACAGCCGAUCGUGCAGGACCACCAGGAGCACCCAGGCUUGGGCAGCAACUGCUGUGUGCCAUUCUUUCGCUGGGUUUGGCUGCCAAGAAGAAGGAAAUAAACAUCACCAUCGUCGAAGAGCUGCUCAAGAAAUUUUUAAAAAAGAAACAAAGUUAUGGGGUUAAUCUACACAAUUCAUUUACCUCAUUUGAAUGUUAUAGCCACUUAUGAUUAUUUGUGUUUCUAAUUUAUAGUUUAAGUUUAUUUGUAAAUAGUUAAAAGAGAGUGGGUCUCUGUGGCUUUCACUGAUGUUCACUCUGGCAUCCUUUUGCAAUUUUCUUUUUCAAUUUCAUAAUUGUAGGUCAUUAGCAAGCAUAUCGAGUUUGCCCUUACGUGGUGGGAGUUCAAACACACAAAGACCCACUAUUUGCACAAAACUAUUCUUGCUGGUUUGGAAUAGGCUGCCAUGUGUUUUUAAUGUUAUGGCAGCAUGUAUAUUCAUUAGAGAAUUCAGAUAAAAUUUGCAUAUGUUCUGCUAUUGUUUGAUCUAAUCUUAAUCACAGUGAGCUCUUCAUUAGCGCAAUAUGUGGUUUGCCCCAAGUGUGCACUAUUUAAUACUUUGUAAUAUGCCACCAAGAGUACUGACAUUUAGAGUUGUUUAAAGGCCGAGAACUGGAAACAGCCUUUCCCUCAUUUUCUGUGUAUUGGUGAUGGGAGUAAUAACAUUCUGGGGGAGCUUUUUAAAUUUCACAGAAGAGGAAAGUUGCCUGCUCUGGCAGGUAUGUGCAAGAUAGAGUGUGUUUCAUUUGUUCUGUUGCCAAGAAUUAGUGCUGUACUAUUGUAGUUCCUUUAGGAUUUGUAUGUGCUCUGGGCUCAUGAAGAUAUUGCAUCAUGAGCUGCAGCGGUUGUACUCUUUUUUGAUGACCUAAAAAGGGCUUAUUUCUGAGGAAUGAAAGGUUCCCAUCAUUGACUGUGGAUGUGGAAAACCUUUCCUAGCUUAGAGCAUUUGUAUCUAUAUUUUAAAGUCAGAGUUCAUGUUACCUGUUUUAAUCACAUGACUGCAUGUCCCAGUACACAAAAGGGCACUGGUUGGCAUUCUUCUUAAUGUAUUUAGUAAAGAUCAGAAGAAAUCCUUUAAGAGUUUAAAUGUCCCUGGAACAGGCAUACAGGCUCUAGUCAAGAAUGAAUUAGAGUGAAGGAAAGCUGUGUGACACCUGGCAUUCCUCUGUUCACGGAGCUUCUUUGAGGCUUGAAGAUUGAUUUUACCAUCUAGACCACUCUGCCUAAUACCUAUUCUUCAACCACCUUGGUUACUCUGACAUAGGAAUUUACUUUUCCUUGAAUGGAAAAGACUUUGAAAUAAUAAUAAACAUUGUUAUAAACUAAUAUAUGUGAGAGUGCUUAGUUGAAACAAAAAGGAGUUUUAGUAGACAGUAUUAUACUAUCUUUGAAAAUCAAGGAGAAGUUUAUGCAACUUAAAAUGUGUACAAACUGCAGUGCAAUCUACUGUUCGUGAAUGUCAGUGUAUUAUCAGGAAACAUGUCUAUACAAUCACAGAGUUAUAUUUCCUCACAAACUUCUUUGUGAAGAGUGAAAUGUGUUUCUGUACCUCUGGGUUUCACUUACGGGCAUAUUUUGUGCAGUAUUUAUGUGAUUGUGCCUAUGCAUGAUGAAUGAAUGAAUUUCAGUCGUACAUUGCCUAAAUCAUAACUUGAUGAUGCUUGGGAAAGACUCAACAGUUAAAACUUCAUGAAGUUCUAAUGUCUGUGUUCCAAAACACAUCACAUUAUUAGGAUGUAGGGAGAUAUGUAUGUGUGCUCCCUGGGGUGGGGAUUUCUAGUUACUAGACCAUCUCCAUUUUUAGCAUUUGGCAUCCUCAUGAUACUUUUAUAAAUAUGACAUUAACAGGAGAGCAGCAAUAUGAUUUUGCCAAUGGAAUAACAGAUUUGCCGGCAAUCACUGAAAGAGUGCAAAUAUCGGGUCCUUGUGACUUCAACGGACUCUUCCAAAUUGUAUGAAUGUAUCAAUGUAUUAGAUAAACCCAGUUUCAGAAUGAUAAAGAAAAAAUGUUAGACCAAAUAAUGCGGCUAAUUAACAGUGGUACGAUUUCUAGCCCGUGGCUUUAAAAUGCACUUAAAGUCCUGUCCUUGCCUUUUAUUUUCUGAACUUGCUGUUUUUGCAUUCUUUGAGUUCAGUUUAAAGACAAUUACGAGCAUCUGUAACCAAUCUGACAAUAAUGUGUUCAUCAGGUGCCUAUGGAUUAAAUCACAUACUGGCAUAUUUAAGCUGAAUGUCAAUCUGGAAAAUAAAUUGACUGCAUUAACAGAAAUACCACUCUUUGUGUAGAUAUUUGUCGUAUAUUUAAGAAAAAGCUAAAAAGAAUGGAAAUCGCAUGACUAUAACUUAAGUCUUUCUUCAAAGUGCAUGCAGUCUUUUGCGAUACCUCAUUCAGCCAAGUAUUUGUAUUCUUCCUCAUUCGGUAUAAGGCAGCUUUCAAUUUGCUUAGAAGGCAACAUUGGAAGGUUAGAGUUCAUCAGAAACAGAAUUCUAAAAUGUGAGUUCAAUUCAAUAAAUUUGAAUUUCUGUAGGAAGAAUCAAAUCACCGAUUUAAAGAUUGCAAUAUAUAAUAAUCAUUUUUAAAGUAUUGGAUUAAAUCUGAUAGGUUUUCCAGAAAUGAACAAAAAUCAGCUCUAAAACCAAAGCUGAUUUUUAGAAAAUUUGAAAAUGUAAAUCAGCCCUAUCCAUACUAUAGUUUCUCUAAAACUUUAUCUGAAAGAGUCAUUUUAAAAUAACUAUUAAACAAUGUAACUGCUAUCUUAAUGUUCUGAAAUAAGUUAAAACAUUUUAAAAUAUGAAUACUGUAAAGGAAAUAAACGGUGGGAAGGAAAAGUAGAGAAAGAAGUGCCAAUUCCAGUCCAAAGCUUUAUUUGCCAAGUUUUCUUAGAAUGAAUUUUACCAAUUUAUGAAUUCUUGUAAACGGAAUGUAAAACGGAAAUACUGAAAGACUUUUGCCUAAAGUGGCAUUAUUGACUGCUGGUGUGAUGCUACUGUAAUGUAAUAAAUUAUUAAGUUGUUGCAAA